CCAGGCAUGGCGGCGAUGCGCAAGUGGAUCGGUGGUGGCGUUUGCCGCAGUGGUGAGCGUCUGGACGGCAAGACGGUGCUGGUGACAGGCGCCAACACGGGCAUUGGCAAGGAGACGUGCCGAGAGUUGGCAAGGCGAGGUGCCCGCAUCGUGAUGGCAUGCAGGGACCUCUCUCGGGCCGAGCGGGCGGCCGAGGACAUUCGCAAGUCCACGGGCAACGGCAACGUGGUGAUCCGACAUGUGGACCUGGCCUCCCUCCACUCCGUCCGAAGCUUUGCUAAAGACUUCCUGGAUAGCGAGGACAGACUGGACGUUCUCGUCAACAACGCCGGUGUGAUGAUGUGUCCCAAAUGGCUGACGGAGGACGGCUUUGAGACUCAAUUUGCUGUCAAUCAUCUGUCCCACUUCCUUCUGACCAAUUUGCUUCUCCCGAAACUGAAGAGCUCCGCCCCCAGCCGUGUGGUCACCGUGUCGUCCGUCGCCCACCGGGGAGGUCACAUCGACUUUUCCGAUCUGUUCUUCAGCUCUCGCCCGUACAGUCCGCUGCAGAGCUACCGGCAGAGCAAGCUUGCCAAUGUGCUAUUUAGCAGAGAGCUAGCAGGCCGCCUCAGAGGUUCGGGAGUGAGUUCGUUUUGCGUGCACCCUGGUGUCAUUCGGACCGAGCUGGGCCGUCACGUGGAGGGUCGGUUUCCCCUGAUGGGGGCGCUGCUGAGGCUGCCGGCGAUGCUGCUCAUGAAGACGCCAUGGCAAGGAAGCCAGACCAGUUUGUACUGUGCCGUCACCCCGGGCCUCGAGGAUCAGUCAGGGAGCUACUUCAGCGACUGCGCCGUGAAGGAGGCGGCACCAGAGGGGCAGGACGAUGUGGCGGCCGGCAGGUUGUGGAGGGAGAGCGCGCGAUUGGUUGGAAUCAAAGAGACGUGCUGAGCUGACCCGCGUCGGAAUGGUGUCACCUCGAGCGAGCAAGAAUAAUCCCAGGUCUACAAUGGGUGGUGCCUGAUGUACAUCGAGUUCAUCUUUGUAGAAGCUGUUGGCGACACGCACAGAGGGCACGGAUGAUGAAACAAGGACCGCAAUGGCUUUAAAAUUAAAACGGGCUCCAGCGCUGAGUAGCAAAGGGGGCUAUCAAAAGCCCAAAAGAGAGUGAUGUUUAUAUUGUUGUGUUGAGCUGGUUGUUUUGUUUGAUAUGUCCUACAUAAAACAUGUAUAUAGUUAUAUUGUAACGUAGUAGUUUUGUUCUACUAAAUAGCCCCCAUUUUUUAAAACUGUAUGGAUAGUUUUACAUUUUUAAACAUGUGACUUAAAAACAUUGCACAUUUAUAUUUGUGAUGGUUGGAUAAUGUAAAAAAAUGUAUUUAUUUAGGUUCAAUUAUCGUUUUGGUUAAUUUUAACAUUAAAAAAUGUGUAUUUAUAUCUGCAGGUAACAUAAGUAUGACUGUUACUGAAACCUAUUUCUGUAUUAAAAAUUAAAUGUUUAAA